AGGGCUUAUGCAACAAACGCAGACGACAUUUUUGUGAUUGACAUUUGGUUGAAGCUAGCAAGCAGCAAGCUACAAAAGCAUCACAUCAGUUUAUGUGAAUUAAAACUUAAAAGAGCUUUCUCAUAAUUUAUAACCAAGAUGCAGCGUGAAGAGAAACAGCUGGAAGCCGCUUUGGAAGCUUUGCUUCAGCGAAUUAAUGACCUAAAGACUUCUAUCCGAACUCUGUUAUUUCGUUUGGAAAAUGAAUAUGGAUCCCUCAGUUGGCCUUCUGUUUUGGAUAGCUACGCCGUUAUAUCUGGCCAGAUGAAUACAUUGCUGAAAGUUAUGAAGAAUGAUAAAACUCCACUUUUGAGAAACCUCAUAGUUUUACCUCUAGUUUUGAGCCCUGAUCCAGAUGAGGAGCUCAAACAAGCAACAGAAGGGCGUGUUGUGGCCUUUUCACAUGACAUAACACCUGAUAUGCUGAGAACAAAACCUGAUCCAGAUGUGGAACAACGUCAAAAUCAAUUUGAACAACGUGCUCUACAGGUUCCACCAGAGACAGCACAAAAGCAAAUCAAUGCAAUGAAUAAAGUGGUCAAUCAUGUUUUGGAGCAAAUAACACAUUCAAGAGAAGAUUGGGAAAAUGAAGCUACUGUCCGAGCAAAUGCAGCCCACACUUGUAUUAUAGCCGAUACGCACGCUCUGAUUGCUGCUGUGGGAUUGGGCAAGAACCUUAAAACCCUUCCUACAGCUGCUCCAACUCAACCUGGUCCAGGACGCGCACAGCCUGGUCCGGCUCCAGGGAAAACAACAAGUACUAUCAAGACAACCAUCAAAGCGGCCAGCCAAGCGCACCCAUACAACAGAUAAUAGGACUAGACCAAAUACACAUUUAUUUCAUAUUGAAA